AUGGGCUUCACCUUUCCCUCAAGCCAAUCCGAUAGAACGCGCGCGGUCAAGGAGCUGAUGAGUCAGAAGGAGGCCACAGAGACUCUGAUCGAAGAACAAGCGUCGAUCCUGAAGUCCAAUAACGCGACUAUGCGCAGCCCCCUCGUUGACGCAGAUGGCUUCCCGCGCGACGACAUGGACAUAUAUGCUGUCCGCGGCGCGCGCGUUCGCAUAAUUGAGCUGCGCAAUGACCUGGAUGACCUGAUGAACAAGAUCGGCAAGGCCCUUGAGGGCGUAUACGAUCCUGCCCUCAUCGCGCCGAAGCCGUCAGAAGAUGAUUUACGAACGUUUGCGAAGGUCAACGCUGUCGCUCCAGGGAGUCCUGCAGCGGACGCAGGUCUACAGAAGGAUGACUUGAUCGUCAAGUUCGGGCACCUUACGCACAAGUCUCUCACAGGAGGGUCACUGCAGCCAAUCGCCGAGUUGGUUAACGCGAAUGAGAAUCGCCAUGUCGUUAUCAAGCUUCUCCGGUCUGGCGAAACAAUCUUCGCGAACCUAUAUCCUCGUCAGGGCUGGGGCGGGAGGGGCAUGCUGGGAUGCCAUAUCGUGCCAGCAUAG